AUGACACAUUUAGAAAGAUCAAGACAUCAACAAUAUCCAUAUCAUAUGGUAUUACCAUCACCAUGACCAAUGUUAUUAUCAUUUGCAUUAUUAUCAUUAACAUUAUCAUUAGGAUUAACAAUGCAUGGUUAUAUUGGUAAUAUGAAUUUAGUAUAUUUAGCAUUAUUAGUAGUUCUAUUAACAAGUGUAUUUUGAUUUAGAGAUGUAAUUGCAGAAGCAACAUAUUUAGGUGAUCAUACAAUUGCAGUUAGAAAAGGUAUUAAUUUAGGUUUUUUAUUAUUUGUAUUAUCAGAAGUAUUAAUUUUUGCAGGUUUAUUUUGAGCAUAUUUUCAUUCAGCAAUGAGUCCAGAUAUUGUAUUAGGAGCUAGUUGACCUCCAGUAGGAAUUCAAGCAGUACAACCUACAGAAUUACCUUUAUUAAAUACUAUUAUUUUAUUAUCAUCAGGUGCUACUAUUACAUAUAGUCAUCAUGCAUUAAUUUGUAGAAAUAGAAAUAAAGCUUUAUCAGGUUUAUUUAUUACUAUUUGAUUAAUUAUUAUUUUUGUAACUUGUCAAUAUAUUGAAUAUACUAAUGCUGCUUUCACUAUUAGUGAUGGUGUUUAUGGAUCAGUAUUCUAUGCUGGUACUGGUUUACAUUUCUUACAUAUGGUUAUGUUAGCUGUUAUGUUAAUUAUUUGUUAUUGAAGAAUGAGAACAUAUCAAUUCACAUCUACUCAUCAUGUAGGUUUUGAAACUACUAUUUUAUAUUGUCAUGUAUUAGAUAUUAUCUGAUUAUUCUUAUAUAUCGUAUUCUAUUGAUGAGGUGUAUAA